UGCUCAUGCUCAGUAACCUCUUGCCUGUGAUAAGGGGAGCACGUGCCUCUCGCUUUCGUUCCAUGUGUUCGGCCUAGCUCUCGCAAACGUUCGGAGAUUUUUAGUGGGAUGUGCGUAUCCGUCGCCUGGGCUUGAGAGAGAGUCGAAUUUUUGUGAAGAAACUGCAAGGAUGACAGAGAAGACGGGUGGAGGGUUCCUGAAGGAGUCUUCCACGGACUUCUUCAAGCGUUCAUCGUCCGUGGAGAUCCUUACGCCCACGAACGGACAGCUCCUGGCGCGGCGUCCCAACAUCAGCACGAGCCACCUCCCGGAGCCGGUGACCAAGAGCAAGACCAAGAGCGAGGCCGCGACCGUGUUGACCCCGCCAGACCGGCAGACGUCGGCGAGCACCGGGACCCUCGCCCUGUCGUCUAAAAAUGACGCGCCGAUGCAAAAUGGAACAGUAUCCCCUCGCAACCAACGGAGCUUAGAAAACGUGCGUCUCGGGGAGAAGCGUUCCAAACCCCUGAGGAGAAAGGGGGCGCAACUCCCUCCCCUUCACAUGCCCCAGGCCAAUGCCCCGACGCCCCCCAACGCCACGCCCCAAGGCACGCCCAUCAUCGGCGAGAGGGGACACAUCUUCACCAUCUCCAGCGCCGUGCCUGACGAGCCUAUCUCGAAGAAUCACCCCAGGAGAGAAAGCGUCCCUGACCUGAACCCCUUCGACAAGAGACGCCCUUCUGCCAAGACGCCUGUGACGCCCCCGAAAGAGGAUGAGGACGAGCCCGUCUGGCAAAGGAGAUUGUCACAGCUGUUCGUGCCGCCCAGAGAAGACGAAUUCGACCACGAGAAAGAACUGCAGGAGACGACGUUCCUCCUGCCGAAGGACUCCCCGAAGCUAAAACCUCGCAGGCCCGCCACGCCCGCCGACGAGAUCCUGCCCAGCGACCCCGCCCACAAGCCGUCUUCCGCUGGCCCCGCCCACAAGCCGUCUUCCGCUGGCCCCGCCCACAAGCCGUCUUCCGCAGGCCCCGCCCACGCGGAGAAGGGGAAGGGCGACAGACAUGAUAAAGUGCCGGAGGGGAAGAUAAAUUUCAAGGACGAAAGGAAGAAGAGGAAGAACAGGAAAGUUGAAGAAGACGACUCCGAUCGCCUCUCGGUGCUUGACAAGCUCGAGAGUGGCAGGCAUGACAGUACCCAGCGAGGUGUGAUCGGAGCGCAAGCUGAUAACAAGUCCAAAGCAUCCAGAGCAUCGUCACAGAAUUCCCUCUCAUCACUCAUAAGGGAGAGGAUGGGGAAACCAGACUUUCCAAAAUCCAAGACACGAGCCGACUUAGGUCUCAUGGUGCUUGUUGGGUUUCUCUUCGUUAUUAUAGUUGCUGGGAUUUCUCUCACAACGUACUUCUAUAACUUGCAUCUGCUGGAGCUCUCCAUCUUUAGCCAAAUCAAAUUUUUUGAAGCACCGAGAAUUCUUGAGAUAUACAACCCUGACUGGAAGGCCGUUAUCAAGGCACAUUUAGGAACACGGUUGCCCAAUAACUCAAUUCCUGAAGACUGCACCCAUUAUCUUCAUUAUCUAGCGAAACACAACAUAUCAAUCACUCCAGGGGGACUUGAAGAGGAAGAGGAGGAGUAUGAUGAAAUGGUAUGUCUUGAUUGGACGGCACUGGCUCGUGUUCAGCUCCGAAAACUGCCUUCAGUAGAUGAUGUGCAGUGUUACUCUGUGUGGUGGGAGGCAGCAAGGGAAGACUUCAUCCUCAAAGACUGCCUGAAAGUUGGAGGAGAUCAAGGAGCUUGGUGGGGUGGAGGAGAGAUGUCAGAUGGGGGCUACCCUGUUACCAACGCUAAUGUCCCACCUACCCAGAUGGUCACAGGCAAAUUGGGCAGAGACUCCUGGGGGCAGCUCCUAAGGCGUACAUGGCUCUCUGAAUUCUCAUCGCUCUUGUCCCUUCCAGAUAGUUUCAAGGGCCAUAUUUCUGUCAAUUAUGAAAAUGAUGGCCAGAUUUGCCUGGAGUCUCGGCCCCGACCUUCUCUUUCAUCUAGGUUUCCGGUACUGAAAUAUAGGCUGUGUACAGCCCAAAAUCUUUCAGCAUUAACUUACCAUCUUCAUACUGAAGCUCUAGCUCAGAUGAAGACAGAUGUACAACCUUUAAAGAAUAUUGUCGUGAGGAAAGCAGAAGUUAAAGAAGAAAAUAUGACAGUGCCAGUAAAUGUUUCAACCCCUAAAGAUCCACGAAUGGAGGAAGCAAAGGCCCGUGUCAGAGGAAGAAUAGACCAUCCCGUGUGGAUUCCGUGGAUGUCUUCAGAUCAACCUCUGCUUACCCAAGAUGCUGUCCUUCAUUAUGUUGAUAAGGUUGUCAACCUGACCUAUGGAUUCAAAGGUCAUGUUCUCCUUCCUCCAUCAUGGCAGUCACAGCCUGGUGACCUGGUAUUUGAUCCCAAGAGAUUUCCAGAUCCUGUCGCUAUGGCCCGGAAAAUAGAAGAAAAAGGUUUUAAAUUAGCUCUGACCAUUCAUCCGUUUGUGAGUGUCAAUGCUCCAACAUUUGAUAAGGGGACUCAGGAGGGCCUCUGGAUACGCCAACGUUUGUCAGAGCUCCCUGCACUCACAAACUAUGAGGACACCUAUCCAUCUGCUGUAACAGACUUUAGCAACCCAAGAGCUAAACACUGGUUCUCAGUGCAACUCAAAAAAUUGAAAAGGAUGUAUAACAUUGACCGUUUCCAUCUGAAGCCUGCAGAUUCCCAUGAUCUUCCAGCAUACCAUGAAUAUCACAUGCCCAUUCCUGGUCCAGAUGCAAUACUGUCCUAUUUCAUGGAUUCUGUAAGUGCAGUGUCACCACCCAUCAGUACAGAAGGUGCUGUCAUGCCACCUGGAGCACCAACUUUCCUUACUCUUGGAAACUUUGAUGGGUCCUGGGAAGGGCUGGAGACACUAGUUCCAAGGGUGCUGACCCUAGCCAUGCUUGGAUUCCCCUUCAUUGAUGUGGGACCAAUAGGUGGAGUAGCAAGAAUGGGACAUAUUCCUGAUAGGGAACUUUACAUUCGGUGGAUGGAAGUAGCAACAUUUCUUCCAGCAAUGCAGAUAUGUGUACUGCCCGACAAGUAUGGCUCAGAAAUGACAGCCCUUGCAGAGAAAUACACUAAACUUCGGAAGACAGUUGUCCUACCACGGCUAAGGAAAAAGAUACCCGACGCCCUAGAAAAGGGGACCCCACUCAUCACCCCCUUGGCCCUGUUCUCACCAUAUGACCCAGUUGCGGCACAGGUUUCGGACGAGUGGAUCUUAGGCACUGAUCUGCUGGUUGCCCCCAUCACUAACAGAACUCAAAGGACUCGGAACAUUUAUCUUCCAGCGGGCAUUUGGAAGGAUGAGAUCGAUGGGCACUUGCUCCGAGGUGGGCGAUGGAUCAAAGAUUACAAGAUUCCCCUAACGAAAAUUGCGUACUUCACUUUCAAGUCCUUGCACAAUGAUCCAGCGUGAGAGGCUAGACUUCAGUGUAAAUACAGGAAAGUUUUAAAAGUGAUAACUGAAAAUACUAACAUUUUAUUUCAUGCUGUCUUUCCUUUAGGUUAGAAGGAGAGAAACUGUGCAUUACUGAGCAAUAACAAGCAAUAGAAACAAUUUCUUCUUAACAGAUCAAAAGUUAUCACUUUGCAAGUUAAUAUUAGCAUUUGCUAAUAGUUCAGCUAUACAGUGAGUGUAUGGGAAAUUGUGUCAACCUUGUUUGUUGUGAUAAAAGGUAGUAUCUUUUCAGUUCAUUUAAUUCUGCCAUUAAAGUACUAUACCACUUAUAAUUAUAUGGUAGAAGCGAGUUAAAUACAUUCUGAUAACUCUAACCAGAAACUAAUUUGUAACUUGGAUCUGUUGCUGUACAGACCAAGGUCGGAAUGUCAUACGCAAUGUGUGUUCGAUUUUUGUAUAUUAGGUGCUACAACUAUUAUUCUGAGAUUAAAAAGACUUAAUGUAUAUAGUUAUAAUUCUAAAAAUUCAUGUAUAUAGAUUAUGAUAUUUAUACUUACAUGAGAUACAAAGGCAAUCAUGGUUUUCACCAGUGGAAUACUGUGAUUUUAUGCUGAAAUCUGUCAGGGUUGUGAUAGUUAACAUGUGUUGUAUGUUAUGCAUUCUUGUACAGUGUAGACAAUAUUUGCUAAUAAUCUGUCCAGAGUGUAGAAUUGUUGAAGGUAAUGAUCAAAGUAAAAGCUGUAAAAGAGAGAGUGAAAGCAUAGAGACUAUUGCAAAAGUAUUUCAAAGCCUUGCAUCCAGGUUAAAUAGUUCAAUUUGUACCAGUAAUUAUGGACUUUUGUGUUAUAUUUCCUGUACGUAUGUGGUGCUGAAUUUUUAUCGGAAAUUGGAACUGUGAAUGCUUAAAGUGUCCUUAUGAGUAUGUGAUAGAUUUAUGUAAAAUUACAAUUAAUUUAUGUGUGUUGUUAGGUUUUCUCGCCUGUAUGUAUAAACAAAUAAUGAUGAUAAAAGAAAUAUAACUAUUUAUAUGAUAAUAAAUAAAGUGACAAACAUACAGGUACUGUUGUACAAGAGAUAAAUGAGAUACAACUGUAGGGUUGAUAUUUUUAUACAAGUUCAAAAUUAGAAAGAUUCGUCGUAGGAAAGGUACACUGGUACAUAAUACAAUCAGUGUGUCAUUUGAUCAGGAAGUAUUUCUAUGGGUCUUUGCUAAGGAAACUAUCAAAUAAGUGCUUAACUUAUAUUUAAAUCUCUCAUACCUAAUUUUUGCUGAGCACCUUUUACUUUUUUUUCAUCUUUUUGUUGUAUACUUGCAAUACAACGAGAAAGAGAUUUAUGAAAUGUUUUUCAUAAGUAUUUAAUACUAUAUUUAUUUUUAUUUUUUUUUUCUUCAAACAACCUAUCUCCAGAUACGUUAGAAAGCAUAAUGAGAAUUGCCUUAUAAUGAAUAUCAGGGAAUGUCUUAUAUUAAGGUUUCUUGCACUGGGUAGGUUGCAUGCACUCUGAUAGAUGACUUUUCUAAAAAUAUUGGUUAAAAUGUUGACAUAGUAAAUUAUAUGUUGGGUAGUAGUGGAAAAUGGAAGACUGUUGUAAAAGGUUAUAAUUAGAGCAAGAAGUCUUAAUAGACAUAGUUUGCUUACACCCCCUAAGCACACACAUACAUAUAUACAUACACACAUAUAUUCAUUUAUUGUAGUCCUUUUCAUGUAUACAGAUGUAUAUGUACUGAAAGUAUGAAUUUAGGAUCCCUUGAAAAUUUGUCUGUGAUUAAAAGAAUUAGUCCCUUUUUCCAAUGACUGUAAAGUGUUGCCCAGUGCCUUGUAUUGUAUGUAAAUCGUUCUCUUAUUACUGCCUUCUUCUAUUUAAUUGUAUUACAAAAACUUCCUGUAUUGUAAUGAUAUCUUGUCAGGUUCUUGCACAUAAAAUUAGUGCAGGUCUUAAUGUGCCAUCUUGGUUACUCAUGUAUUAUAGACAUUACCAUGCAGUGAUAUCAGUAUGAUUAAUCAAAAUCAUUUGCUCCCACAGUCAUUUUAAUGGAAGCAUCAAAGUUACUGCAUUUAGUAAAUCAAGAGUAAUAUAUUUCACAAAAAAAUUUGUUUAUGCUGAGCUUCCCUCCCUACUGUAUUCACAUCUUCCAAGAAUAUACAUUAAUGUAUUGUUGUAACAGGGUUAUUUAGAGAAAAGAAGUAUGGUACUAUGGUCAACUUUUCAACUGGAGAUACAUUUCUUACUUUGGCCAAAAUGCCACAUUCCACAUUUUAUUUUGAGUGUGUGAAAGUCUGUUGUACAGUAGAUGUAGCCUGUUUAAUAUUCUUUUUCCUUUUUAGGGUUGUAUAUAAGCAAACAUAUUUAAGUAGUGUGGUAGUUCUCUUCAUUCAGAAGUAUUUAUAAGAAAUGAAACAACUAGGAAAUGCCCCAACAUAGUGGCAAAAAAUAAUUAUAAUAAAAAAAAUCCUACAUCAUUUACUAAAAAUGCCUUCUGUUGUGAUAAAUAUCGUAAAUAUGGACACAGAAUUAUAACACAAUUGUAGACGAAGAGGUUAACACUAAAAUGUCACAAAUUUUUUAGACCUAAUGGAAGGUUUUUUCAUGUCUGUUUUUUUUUUUUCUUCUUCUUCUUCUUCUUCUUCUUCUUCUUCUUCUUCUUCUUCUUCUUCUUCUUCUUCUUCUUCUAAUAGUUAGCUCAGACCUCAAUACCCAGUCCUUGGUUGCUGUUCUUUUUGGUGCUCUUUAACUUAUGUAUUUCACAGUUGUUAUUGGUUGUAUAUGUGUCUUGUGUCUCUUGAUGAUGUAUGUAAAUCCAGUAAUGUAUAUUGUUUAUAUAACUUGUUAUAAAUGCAAAGUAAAUGUAA